AUGAAGAACCAAACAACAAUCUCCAGCUUUCUUAUCAUGAGUCUAUCUGAUAAUCAGAAGAUUAUCUAUGUCCUCUUCAUCGUCUUCCUCCUCAUCUAUCUGAUGACCGUCAUAACCAAUGUUUUUAUCAUUUUUCUAGUUAUUUCUCGUGCUCAUCUUCACAGACCCAUGUAUUUCUUUCUUGGAAACUUAGCAUUCUUGGACAUGUCUUACUCAUCAGUCACUGCGCCAAGGAUGCUCUUCCAUCUCACAACCCAACGUUGGUCCAUCUCCUUCAAAGAUUGCAUAGCACAAAUGUUCUUUGUGAUUUAUUUUGCAAGCUCGGAGGCUUUCUUGUUGUCCUCCAUGUCUUAUGACCGAUAUAUAGCUAUCUGCCGCCCUCUUCAUUACUCUAAGCUCAUGUCUUGGAGCAUGUGUACUCAGAUGAUGUCUUUGGUUUGGUUUUCUGGCCUACUCAUGCCCACCAUUUUUACUUUAUGUUUAAGAAGGUUGACGUUCUGUGGUCCCAACUUCAUCAAUAAUUUCUUUUGUGAUCUGCCCCAUUUGCUUCAGCUUUCUUGUACUGAUCCUUCCAUAAAUUUUCUAGUCUUAAUAGUUUUUGGUGCUGUUCUUGGCACCAUAGCCCUUAUGGGCACAUUUUAUUCGUACGUUAAAAUUUUUAGCACAGUGUUUAAAGCUCUGACCCUUGAUGGAAAACGUAAAACUUUCUCCACCUGUACAUCUCAUCUUACUGUGGUCAUUGUAUUUUAUGCGUGUAUAACUUUUGUCUACCUUGUACCUAACUCAAGUAAUCUUCUUACAUUGAACCGAGUUGUCACUGUCAUAUACACACUAAUCACACCCUUACUCAACCCCUUAAUCUACAGCCUAAAGAAUAAAGACAUUAAAGUCGCACUGAGGAGAACUUUACAUAUAGAUGGUUCAGGAACACACACAUGA